AUGAAUCCAUUCUUAUCUAAAUUAAAUAUUUACUGUGGGAACUUAAAGGCUAAGACAUUAAAAGAUCUUUCAAUAAUUACAGGUUCACCAAUAGGAAUUACCAAAUCAGAACGUACCAAAGACAUUCUCAAUCAAUGUCUUGAUUUGGAACAAUUACGGCAAAGGAAACUUCAACAAGGUUAUAUAAUUAUAAAUUCAAUUGAUACUGGUAUUUCAAAUUUUUCAUUUACUAAAUUCAAAUGGAAUAUUAAUGAUAAAUUACCAAUAUUAUUAUCAUGGGAAAAGAUACAAUUACAACAAAAGUUUUUAACAAAUUUACCAAAUAACCACCACAAAAAAUUUGAUAAAUUAUCAAGUAAUAUGUCUCCUAAAGAAUUUUCAUUAUUGACACACAAUCUAGUAAACUAUUUAUUAUUAUUAUCAUCAUCACAGUCAUCACAAAGAUCAUAUACAAUUCCUGAUGUAUUUACAAUUGAAAGGCAAAGAACAAGAACAAUAUCAUCAAAAUUUGUUCUAGAUCCAAUUAUAAAUUGUAAUAUACUUGAAAAUUUAUUAUUCUCAUCUUUAGAAAAUAGACUAAGAAACUUGAAAGAUGUUGAUUCAAUAAAACCAUAUUUGGUAUUAUCUUCUAACCCUCAAAGAAUGACAUCAUUUUGGUGUCCUAAUAUGAAAACCAUGAAUAAUAAUAAUAAUAAUAAUAAUAAUAAUAAUAAUAAUAAUAAUAAUAAUAAUAAUAAUAAUAAUACUGAGGACCACGAGCCUUUAAGCGAGAAAAAGGAAAAGAGAGUUAAAUUGAAUGAUAAUAAACUUUCUAAAACUUUUAAGAUCAAUUUAGUGAAAGAUAUCUUGAGGACAAGAUGCUUAUCACAACAACAUUCAAAUGAUCAAUUUAUUGAGUUGGACUCACAUUGGGGAGACCAUUUAAACCAUGUCAUUACAAAGAAUCCAACGAAAUUUAAAUUGUAUGACUGUCUUAUAAAUGAUGAUGAAGAAAUGAACAAUUUGGGGCAAAAUGGUACUAAGAAAGAUGACGAUUUAGCUGAUUCAUUUUUACAUGGGUUGAGUUGGAUUGAGUGGUUAAGAUCAUACGAAGGUAUCUACAAACUAUUGAAUGAGGGAAAAGAGGGAGAAGAUAGAGAUAGCAACUCUGGUUAUAUAAAUGAAACACUGUUGAAUGAUUUCAUAGAAUACUGUCAUGAAAGAAAAUUGUUCGUGGAUAAAAUUCAAGAACGAGUUAUAAACUUGCCAUAG